AUGCUAGGCGAAAGACUCAAAGUGCUAGUGCGCAUUUUGACCAUCUUCGAUUUACUUAACACCAAUCUCUUGACCACCGCACUCGAUGCAGAGCUUUCAGCAUCAGUUAGGCGCCCAAGCUUGGAUGAGCCUCUCAUAAGUUCAAGCAGCUUCCCGCGCUCAACAGAGAAUUUGAGGUCCAGUGAUUUCAGUCAGACUCACAGCGAAAAUCAAGUUGAUAAACUGGGUGAUAGCUUGAAGGCUGUCACAAUACCUGAAGGCAUAGAGGGAGGGGAGUCAGGAAAACCUGGAGGUAUCUUCGAAAAGGACGGCAGCCAUGUCGCAUUGGGAGCUUCUGGUAUAGAAAGCGGGCAGCAGGCUGAUAAACCCAAAGUGGGAACGCUGCUCAACGAUCCGACCGAAGCAGAAAAAUAUGGCAAAGAGUCUAGCCUCUUUUCCUCGUCCGAAAGUCCUCUUUAUAAGGAAAUUCACCCACCAGAACCUGAGCUAUUCGAUAAUGGGUUUUACAAAUCAACCUGCUUCCAAAAUCUCAAUCCAUCCAAUCCCGACGAACCAGAUGAAUGGUGCAUACUCAUCAACUCCACCAUCAACCAUGGCAAAGGUUGCGUUAUCGUUUCCCCCGCGAAAUACUUGGAUGGGUUCUUUAAAGAGGGACUCAAAAUAUCAGAUGAUCCGCCAGACAUUGGCGCCGCAAAGAUUGUGCCCAUGCCUGAAAAAGGUGGUAAGGGAGUCGUAGCUGCUCGUAAAAUCGAAAGGGGUGAAUAUGUCCACCAGCUAUACCCGGUUGUGCUGUUUCCACGCAUGGACCCAGUGUGGAACACUCCCUUUGGCCAAAGUAUCUUUCGACCAGCUAUUGAUCAUCUGCCACCCCAAACUCGGGAUGCCAUAUUGCGUCUUGCCAGAAGGGACCAGUUUUUUACCAGUGUGAUUGCAGCCAGCAGUUAUGAAACCCAUCACACAGUUUCAGACAAGAAACUUGAUUUUGCUGCAAUAUAUCUGGAUGCCUCGCAUUACAAUCAUUCCUGCAAACCAAACGUAUAUUACUAUGUUGAUCCCGAGACACAACUAUUGCACAUGAAGGCUUAUGAGACAAUUGAAGCGGGCGAGGAACUUACUAUAUCUUAUGUUUUCCAAGAGUUGUAUCAGCAAGACAGGAAAGAAAAACUGAAAGAAAUCUAUGGUUUUGAUUGCACUUGCCCACAUUGCCAGAUGAGUGAAGAGCUUGUGCAGCAGUCAAAUGAAAGAAUUUGGAGGCUCAAGGAUCUCGCUGAGCUCUCAAAAAAUUCAAAUCUUUAUCCGAGUGAAAUAAAGCAGUUUCUCAAAUUUGGUGAGAUGGAAAGAAUCCCCAAGUUCAUAGCCCGUGCCAGCCUGAUUGCCGCCCAACUUGCCAAUUCAAAAAAGGAAAUGCAACAAGUUAAAGAGCAUGCAGAGAAAGCCAAAUUCAUGGCAGGUCUGGAGGGCGGGAUAAACUGGUCUGCUGCCGACGUCAAGGAUUUGGAAACACUUCUCCAUGAACCCGAAACUCACAGCUCUCAUUUGUCAUACGAAGUCAAGGGAAUUGAAGGAACAGAUGGAAAGAAGCCUGGCUUCUUCUCCUCGCCCAAAAAACCUGUUUAUAAAUACGAUAAAGAAAUUCCUCAAACAGAACUUGAGCCGUUAGAUAAAGGGUUUUUCAAAUCAACCUGCUUCCAAGAUCCCGAUCCAUCCGACUCGGGGGAACCGAGGGAAUGGUGCAUACUCAUCAACCCCACAGUCAACCAGGGUAAAGGAUGUGUGAUUGUCACCCUCAGUAAAUACUUGGACGGUUUCUUCAAAGAGGGGCUCAAUCUUUCCGAUGAUCCCCCCAGUUUGGGCACCGUAGAGCUUGUCACAAUGGCUGACAAAGGGGACAUGGUGGGAGCAGUGGCUACUCGCAAACUGGAGACGGGUGAUAUUGUCAAACAGAAAUACCCGGUUGGAUUGUUUCCAGAGGAUGAGCCGAUAUGGAGCACCCCCUUUGGUCACAAUAUCCGUCGGCAAGCCGUUGAUCAUUUACCGCUCCAGACGCGGGCUGCCCUGUCGCGUCUUCCCGGAAAGGGUGCCACCGAGGAUGAGUUCAUUUCUAGCGUGGUUUCGGCCAACACUCUGUUGACCUCUCACAAGGUUCAUGGAACUUCAAUUCCUUUUGCCGCGUUGUUUACGGAUGUACAAUUUGACAAUGCCUGUAGAUCCAACGUGUUGUUCUCCUUGGACGAAACAACACAGCUAAUGAGUAUGAAGGCCUGUGGUCCCAUUGAAGCUGGCGAGGAACUUACCAUACCUUACUUGAUUCCAGAAUAUCUGCGGGCAACUCGGUACAGAGAGCUGAGGGAGAUCUAUGGUUUUGAUUGCACUUGCUGGCACUGUUCGCUGAGUGAUGAACUUGGAGAGAAGUCAGAUGACAACGUUAUGCGAAUCAUCCAGCUGUGGCAUUGGUCCAAAAAGAAAAAUCUUUCUCCCGCUCAAGCUGAGGAGUUCGUUAAAAUCAGUGAGGAGGCAAGUCUAUGA